ACGUUGGUUAUUCUGUACCUAACCUAAUGCUAUUAGUACGAUAUUUUGCAAUCAAGAAAUUAGGUUAGGACUGAAAAAUUAUUAUUGCGUUUCAGAAUUUAUUCGUAAUUAUUAACAUAUAGUACAAUUUAUUACACAUAAUAAUACUAUAUCAAUCAAAUAUUAAAAUGUUGCGAAUUGGUUUGAGAGUUAUACGCACUGCUAUAGGAAGCAGAGCUUUUGCAAAUGCACCGGCUCAAGAACAAGCAAUCUCAACAACUUUCAAAGUUCAAGAUCCAAAAGAUUUUAAUAAUCGUGUUAAAAAUUCUAAAGUACCAGUGAUCGUUGAUUUUUUUGCAACAUGGUGCAAUCCUUGUCGCAUGCUUACUCCUCGUAUAGAAUCUGUAAUUGCGGAAAAACAAGGAAAAGUUUUAUUGGCAAAAGUUGAUAUUGAUGAGAAUAGUGAUCUUGCAUUGGAUUAUGAGGUUGGAUCCGUUCCAGUCCUAAUUGCAAUGAAAGAUGGAAAGGUUUUAGAUAGAAUUGUUGGUCUUCAGGAUGUAGAUAAACUUAAACAAUUUGUAGAUAAGUAUUCAGAAUAAUGUAAUCUAUUUUAAUUGUAAUUUUCUUAUAAAAUGACUUGUAGUUAUUGGAAUAUUUGUAUAAUAUUAUAUGGUAAAAAAUGUACAAUGCAAUAUAUAAGUUUUUAAUUAUAACAUAUAUCUCUUAUUUUUAUAGAUUUCAUAUACAUAGGAAAUUGUUAAAUAAAUUAUUUUUCAUGUAAUAGUCAGAUAAAUUUAAUUAUUUAAAUAUUUACAAAAAUUUAAUAUAUCUAUUUCAUUAAUAAAAAAGCAAUAUUGAAUAAUAUAUAAAAAGAAUAUUUAAUUUCAAUAAAAAUUAUCAAAUAAUUGAUAAUUUUUAAAUACAACUUUAGACUAAUUAUUCAGUAGGUAAAGCUUGUAGAAGUUUUCUUGCUCUCUGAUAAACAACAGAUUCCACCUUAUUUUUAUUUUCUUCAUUUUCUUCUACUUUUCUUAUAACAUCCAUACCUUUUUUUAAAAGUUGU